AUGGCCCAGACUUGCUGGACUGCCGGUGCGCACCCAGUACAGCAGGUGCUCGUCCAAUGGUCACAAAUGCCGGCGUCGCUGGCAACCUGGGAGUCUUUGGAGGAGCUCCGUCGCCGGUUUCCCAGAGCUCCUGCCUGGGGACAUGCAGGCUCUAAAGCGGGAGGGGAUGUCAGCAGCCCUGCCCCCUCGCCGUCUGCUACAAGUGACGAAGCCUCUGCUGAAGCCGAUGACCAAGAGCACUUGGCCCAGCUGGCUGAGACUCGGCCCAAAAGGAACAGAAGGCCCAACCCGGCGGUACUUGGCCCUGAGUGGCGUGUGUGA